AUGUCCAGAGCAACAGGGAACCAGACCUCCUCUGGGACCACAGAAGACUAUUCCUAUGGCAGCUGGUACAUCGAUGAGACCCAGGACAGCCAGCAGCUGCGGCCUGAAGGGGUAGUGCCCUCAUGCCACCCCAGUGUGCCGCCUGGCCUCCUCCAUACCUGCUUGGCCGUGCUGUCGGUGGUUGUGUUGCUGCUGCUGGCCAUGCUGGUGAGGUGCCGACAGCUCUGGCUCCAUGGUGGACACAGCAGGUCUGGGCUGCCCAGCCCUGUGGAUUUUCUGGCUAUGGAUGGGCCCUGGACCGUACCCACUGCUAUCUUUAUGGUCCUCUUCAGUUCCCUGUGUCUGCUGCUCUCGGCUGAGUCCUCGCUGCCCUUCCUCAUCCUGACUUCACCAUCUACUCAAGAUGGGGAAACUGAGGCUCCAAGAGGACCCUGGAAGAUGCUGGCUUUGCUCUAUUACCCUGCCUUCUACUACUCCUUGGCCGCCUGCGCCACAGUCAGGCAUGUAGCUGCAUACCUGCUCGGCAGUGUGUUGUCCUGGGCUCACUUUGGAGUCCAGAUCUGGCUGAAGGCAGAGUGUCCCCAGGCACCCAAGAUCUACAAGUACUACUCCCUGCUGGCUUCCAUGCCUCUCCUUUUGGGCCUUGGAUUCCUGAGCCUUUGGUACCCGGUGCAGCUAGUGAGAAGCUUCAGCCAUAGGACAGGAUUUGGCUCAGAGAGGCUGCACAGUAGCUACCCUGAGGAAUACCUGAGGACCCUCCUUUGCCUGAAGAAGCUGAAAAGCAGCUCCCACACAUCCAAACAUGGCUUCCUGUCCCAGGCCUGGAUCUGCUUCAGACACUACAUCUACAUUCCACAGCGAGGAUUCCGACUCCCAGUGAUGCUUGUGCUUUCAGCCACCCUGACAGGGACGGCCACUUACCAGGUGGCCUUGCUGCUGCUGGUGGGUGUGGUACCUACCAUCCAGAAAGUGAGGGCGGGGAUCACCACGGACAUCUCCUACCUGCUGGCUGGCUUUGGGAUUGUGCUCUCAGAGGACAGGCAGGAGGUGGUGGAGCUGGUGAAGUACCACCUGUGGACUCUGGAAGUUUGCUACAUCUCGGCCUUGGUCCUGUCCUGCUCACUCACCUUCCUCGUGCUGACCCGCUCCCUGGUGACACACAGGGCCAACCUGCAAGCACUACACCGUGGGGCCGCCCUGGACCUUGGUCCCCUACCUCAGAGCCCUCACCCCUCUCGCCAGGCCAUAGUCUGUUGGAUGAACUUCAGCGCUUACCAGACUGCUUUUACCUGCCUUGGGCUCCUGAUACAGCAGAUCAUCUUCUCCCUGGCUACGAUGGCCCUGGCCUUCCUGGUGUUUAUGCCCAUUCUUUAUGGCAGCAACCUUCUGUUCCUCCAAUCACUAGCAUCCUUAUGGCCUUUCUGGCUGACCUUGGCCCUGGCUGUAACCCUGCAGAACAUGGCAGCUCACUGGGUCUUUCUGAAGACUCACCAUGGAUGGCCAGAGCUGACCAACCGCUGCGCGCUCUAUGCAGCCACCUUCCUUCUCUUCUCCAUCAACAUGCUGGUGGGCAUCAUGGUGGCCAUUUGGCGAGUGGUCCUCUCCGCCCUCUACAAUGCUGUCCAUCUUGGUCAGAUGAACCUCAGCCUGCUGCCACUUAGAGCUGCCACUCUUGACCCUGGCUACCGCACAUACUGUAACUUCUUGAAGAUUGAGGUCAACCAGUCGCAUCCAGCCAUGAUAGCCUUCUGUACCCUGCUCCUGCAAACACAGAAGCCUCAGCCCCAUCCAACCCCCCAGGAUGGCCUCAGACUCAGGAUGGAAGAAGAAGGGAUGCAGCUGCUGCAGACCAAUGACCCUGUGGCUAAGGGAACAGGGCCCAGAGCCCGCAGAGGCAGGGUUCGCUGGGGUCUGACCUACACGCUGCUGCACAACCCGGCCCUACAGACCUUCCGGAAGAGGGCCCUGUCAGGUGCCUGGGCCAAUGGCACCCAGUCCUGA